UCUGGCUUUCUUCGCCCUCUUUCUCUCUGUCUCUCUCUCUCCGCUUGAAGGUCUCUCUUAGGCGGGAAUAAUGCCCUGGAUAUUUUCUUCUCUCUGCUUGUAAAUGCUUCUUUGCUUCAUGAUCGAGCGAAUUAAAUAAGCUCUUUUUUCGAUUAGAGAGCUUCUCGUCCUGCUUAACAUCUCUCACCUCUGUAUAUUUGAUGGAGAAUGAACAGGUGAACGGUGUUUACAAUCUUCUCAUCCAAGAACAGGUAUGUGAUGGUGUGAAGGAAAUAGAUUGUGGAAUGUCAAGCUUGGUGGUGUCUGAAAAUCAUGGGUUUUGUGCGAUCUGCUUGGAGAAGAUAGCACUUGAAGAGACUGCUCUUGUAAAAGAUUGCGAGCAUGCUUACUGUGUGACAUGCAUCCUUAGAUGGGCCACAUACAACCAGAAACCAUUCUGCCCUCAAUGCAAGUGUCCGUUUGAGUUUCUCAAUGUUCAUAGAGCACUGGAUGGAAGAAUCCAUGAUUACAUGUUUGAGGAGAGUGUCUGUCUUCUUCUUAGAGCAACUUGGUUCGUGCCAUUGAAAGUGGAGGCUCAGAAAGAGGUGUAUGAUGAAUUGGAAGAUAUUUACCAGUAUUUAGAGGAGGAUGACGACGAAAAUGACGAUGAAGAUCUCGAAGCAGCUUACUAUACCAGUACAAAUCUUCGUAUUGGUAACCGGAGGUGGGGUGAUAAUGGAUAUGUUAGGGCUGGGCGAAAAGAAGCAAGGCCUGUCCACCGAGAAUUUCAGGACCAUGAUGCUGGUCCAUCACGUGGUCCGAAGAAAAAAGAGGUGUUGGUAAACGAUUCAACUGGAAGACGAGCAAAGAGGGCAUUGAAGCGUGAAGCUGCAGAUAAAGCAGCUGCAGCAAAACAUCAGCAACACUUGGUAAGGUUAGGACGCAAGUAGUGCAAGAAACCUCACUAAUGUUUAAACAGUAGGUCAUUGUACAGGAUUUCCCUUAGAUUAGCUUUGUGAAAUAAUGAUUUAGUAGAUACUUCUGCAGUAACUUUGUUCAAUCAUUGAAAUUUAAAAUUUCUAUAGAAAUUGUUCUGUUUACAAA